CCGCAGCUCGGUGACGUCAUCUCGGUGCGCGGCGCCGGAAGCGCGAUGGCGGCGGCGGGGCGCGAUGGGCCCGAGCCGGCGGCGGCCCGCGGGCCCGGCCGAAAGCGGCGGUGGAGGCCCGUCCUGCUGCGCAGCGUUGUCGGCAGCGUCCAGGAGGGACGGGGAUUUGCCUUUCGGAGGAAGCAAAAGAUUGAACGGCAGUACAGGAAAUUAUUGAAAAAGAGAAGACAAGUGCAUUCCCAACAGGAUGAUCAGUUUACAGAUACCUACCCAGAGCACUUGAAACAUCUUUACCUUGCAGAGGAAGAAAAGCUUAAGAAGAGGCGCAGGACUCCAGAUGAUUCGGUGUCAGCAGAAGAAAAGCUUAAUAAAGCAGCAGAGUCAGCUGGGACUCGAGAGAAGUUUAAAAAUAAAACAUCCAAUCAGAAGGCAAAAGAAGAAUAUGAGAAAAUAAAGGCUGAGCAUGCUAGAAAGAAAGAGGAAGCAGAAAAAAGAAAACAACAAAGAGAAGAAGCUCAACGUUUGUACAAGAAAAAGAAAAUGGAAGCUUUUAAAAUACUGAGUAAGAAGACAAAGAAAGGACAGCCAAAUCUAAAUUUACAAGUAGAAUUUCUUCUUCAGAAAAUACAGCAAAAUACAUAACCCCUGCAUAUAUUUAAGUUAGCUGUGGACAUUUUAUUAAAUUGCAUUUAAUAAAUACUGUCUUUUUGCUUCCAUA